AUGGCAAGAGAAGACUGGGACAAAGUAGACAGGAUAACCAUAGAGAAGGCUGAACGUGAUUUCCAAAGAUGUCGGGAUAAGCAGAUUAAGAAAUUCGAAUCGUUGGACCGCCGCACCCACAAAAGGAAAAACAACGAUUUGCCAAUUGAAACAGUCGUUAUCAACCGAUCAAGCGUCUCAUUAACAGAGGAGGAAACUAAGGUACACGCCAAAGGCUUAAAUUAUGCAGUCGCUCCAAAGAGGGUUCGCAAAGAAGAAAUUAUAUGUGAAGUGGAAGCGGCUAUUCACAGAAUACCUGUAGUGAAACCAGAGGAAAUUCGUCAAGACAUAGCGAGAGUGCUUAAAACAGCAAAGCCACCAAAAUCAAACUUAACAAUAAACGAAAGAAGAGCACUACGAACGAUAANCUCAAAAAGACGUUUCCAAUUCUUUUUGAAUACAUAA